UCUCCAGUUGCUCUGCUGGAGAAGAGACGCUUCACACUUUGCGGAGCUUUUUUUUCUUCUUCUCUCCUCUCACCUCAGCAGAGCCGGGAGGUUGAGCGGAUGUGGGUUUCCUCUUCCUCCGCGGCGCUUCGUCCUCCAUGAAUCCGCCUGAACAAGUUGGUUUUGGUCUGAUGUUUCCCCUCCGAGCGGCAAUUGGGAGAGAAUGCGUCUUCUGUUUUUUGCGACUUUAUUCGGAGUCCUUGUCGACGCAGGAGAUGCCCUUCAGAUCCAGUGCUACCAGUGUGAGGAGAUGAAGCACAAUGACUGCUCCACGCCGGAGUACAUCGUCAACUGCACCGUCAACGUACAGGACAUGUGCCAGAAGGAGGUGCUGGUCAAACCCGAUGGAAUACAUUAUCGGAAGUCCUGCGCCUCCUCCGGGGCUUGCCUCAUCGCCUCCUCCGGCUACCAGCAGUUCUGCACCGGCAGGCUGAACUCAGUGUGCAUCUCCUGCUGCAACACCCCGCUGUGCAACGGGCCCAGGAGGAAGCGCCCAGUCCCGUCUGUGGCGGCGGCGACGUCCAGCAACCAGCUGCUUCUCUUCCUUGUGACUUUCCUGCUGCUGCUGCUGCUGACGCUCCCACCUGUGACGUAGACUGAGGAUCCCGUCACGUCUCCACUGUUCACUCUGGAGCCUGGACCUGCGAUCACUGCUGUGAUAGACUGAAGGAGCAGUUUUGGACACCACACUGGCUUUGUUUCCUCUCAGCGUUGGCAUAAACUGUUAAUCUGAUCGAUGUAACACCGUAACCACUGAGUAUGACACUGGAAAAACUGGAGAAGUGGAAGCAUAUCGAGCUUUCUGAAUCAUUUAUUGCUCUUGUUGCCAGUGGAGGAUCGCAGUCGAGGCAUCUCUCAAUUUCGUUGCUUUUUGUGAAGUGUGGAGCGUUUCGUGAGGAAAGUUGUUUUCUGGUUAUUACACGCUGUAAAAGAUAGAAGUUAUUGUUAAAAAAUAUAUAUAUUUAUGCUUUUA